AUGACGGAAUAUACCGAAGCUGAAGAUGUUUCACAUCUAAAUGCAACUCAGCCAACUCCUGUUCCCACCACCACUACAAAGCCCCCAAUAACAAAUGUUCCUAACCCAACGAAACCUGGUCCAGUUCUACCAAAGGAAUGUGAAGGUUUUGUGUGUGAAAAUGAGGGGGUCUGCGUCCUUGAGAAUGCAAAGGCGGUAUGCAGGUGCAAGGUUACUAAAGACUGGUGGUAUGUUGGAGAGAAAUGUGAAAGGAAAGUCUCAAGCCAAGACACACUUGUGAUAGCAGUCUCCUCUUCAGUGACCAUAUUUGCUGUUAUGCUGAUUAUCACACUCACAAGUGUAUUUUGCUUGAAAAAGAAACACAAGAAGCAACUAGCAAACACUGGAAAAGCUCAAACUACUGAAAAUGACUAUGCAUUCUAAGAGCAUGAGGUUUUUGUGAAACCAUCAAGAAAGAAAUACUGCACAACGUACUGGCAUUACAACAGCAACUUUCUGUGGAAAAGGAUCAUUUGAAAAUCAGGUUAAUUGCAUUAUGUAUAUAAGUGGUAUAGGAAGACUCAAUAUGGGCUGUAACAGGCAUUGCUAACAUCAGUUUAACAACUUUGUGUAGACUCCAGUGUUACCUGAUAUCCCCAGGCCAUAUAACCCAUGAAAAGUAUAAUAUUAAACAAAUAAAGCCAUUGAAAUGUGUUUCUUGCAGUUUUUAUAAGCACAUAUAGGAGUAUUUAGCUACUGAACCAACACAAAAGUAAAGUGGCCUGGUACAGUGCAAAACAAACUAUUAUAACAUACUGUAAA